UUCUUCUCCACUACACUACACAUACCCACGGCCAUGCCCCGUGCCUUUAUUUCCCGCCCUGCACGCAAAGCACACGUCGUCAAGCGAUCGAUUCCAUCAUGGUCAUGGAGCUCGUGCUCGCUACACCUGACCUCCCAACCCCGCUGCUGCUCUCCGCCUUGACGGUAGCAGUGUCCGUGGCCGUCUGCUAUGUCCUCUUCUGGAAGCAGCAGCAGGCGGCGGCGAGGCGAGCGCCGCUGCCGCCGGGGCCGAGGGGCUGGCCCGUGCUGGGCAACCUGCCGCAGCUGGGCGGGAAGACGCACCAGACGCUGCACGAGCUGACCAAGGUGUACGGCCCGCUGCUGCGGCUGCGGUUCGGCAGCUCCGACGUGGUGGUGGCCGGUUCGGCGGCCGUGGCGGAGCAGUUCCUCCGCGUCCACGACGCCAACUUCAGCUGUCGCCCGCCAAACUCCGGCGGCGAGCUCAUGGCGUACAACUACCAGGACGUCGUGUUCGCCCCCUACGGGCCCCGGUGGCGCGCCAUGCGCAAGGUGUGCGCCGUGAACCUCUUCUCCGCGCGCGCUCUCGACGACAUCUGCGACGUCCGGGAGCGUGAGGCCGCGCUCAUGGUGAGGUCGCUCGCGGAGCAGGCGGCCCGCGACCGCAACACGCCGGUGGCGCUCGGCAAGGCCGUGAACGUCUGUACGACGAACGCGCUGUCGCGGGCGGCCGUCGGGCGGCGGGUGUUCGCUGCCGCCGGCGCCGGCGACGAGGGCGCGAGGGAGUUCAAGGAGAUCGUGCUCGAGGUGAUGGAGGUGGGCGGGGUGCUCAACGUCGGCGACUUCGUGCCGGCGCUCCGGUGGCUCGACCCGCAGGGCGUGGUGGGCAGGAUGAAGAAGCUGCACCGCCGGUUCGACGACAUGAUGAACGGGAUCAUUGCAGAUAGCAGGAAGGCCAGGGCUACGCCGGCAGACGGAGAGGAAAGCAAGGAUUUGCUGGGCUUGCUGCUGUCCAUGGUGGAGGACGAGGGAAGCGACGACGAAGUCAGGAUCACCGAAACCGAUGUCAAGGCACUUAUUUUGAACCUGUUCAUAGCAGGAACCGACACAACAUCGACCAUAGCAGAGUGGUCGCUAGCCGAGCUGAUCCGCCACCCGGACAUCCUCAAGCAGGCACAAGAGGAGCUAGACACAGUCGUUGGCCGUGGAAGGUUGGUCACCGAGUCAGACCUCCGACACCUCACCUUCUUCAAUGCAGUCAUUAAGGAGACGUUUCGCCUGCACCCAUCAACGCCCCUCUCCCUUCCUCGCAUGGCUGCAGAGGAGUGUGAGAUUGCUGGCUACAGCAUCCCCAAGGGCUGCGAGCUGCUAGUCAAUGUGUGGGGCAUUGCACGUGACCCGGCCUUGUGGCCUGACCCACUAGAGUUCCGCCCUGCUAGGUUCCUACCAGGUGGAUCACAUUCGGAUGUGGAUGUCAAAGGAGGCAACUUUGGGCUUAUACCAUUCGGCGCGGGUCGGAGGAUAUGUGCCGGCCUUAGCUGGGGGCUGCGGAUGGUCACACUAACUAGCGCCACUCUGGUGCAUGCAUUUGAUUGGGAGUUGCCGGUAGGACAGACACCAGAUAAGCUAAACAUGGAGGAGGCCUUCACCUUGUUGCUACAGCGUGCUGUGCCGUUAAUGGCUCAUCCAAUACCCAGGCUGCUACCAUCAGCAUAUGAGAUUGCAUAAAAAAAAUCUCAAGGGACUUGUGAGGUUGAAGUUGUGAGCUCAUGGUCUCACCUUUGCUGUAUCAAGUAAAUUGGCUUCAAAGACAAGGUGUUUAUAUGUAUUACGGUUCACUUUUGAUUGUUGUACUAAAUGUCUAAAUGUUCUUGCUCUAGCUAAUAUAUGUAAUGAAAUAUUUGACAUGCUUAUGCUCCUCUUCUCACUUGUUUAAAGCUCAUCUUUGUCUUGUUGAAAGAUAUGUGAUGUGGUAGUUUGUGUCAAUCCAUGUUGUUUAUGUAAAUUUAUUUUCUAUUGUACUCUUGUUGAGGUUAUGUGAUGUCAAAAUACAAGUAAUUGAGGUUGUUACGAAAA